CUCCUCGAGGUGGAUUAUCCGCGAGCCGUGAAAUGAAGUUUAUCUGCGUGCUGCCAGUCGCGCUGCUACUGGUGGGAUCCGUCGUCUCCCACCAGUACAACCUGGGCUCCUGCCCGCCCGACGUGCCUUUCCAGAGUCACCUGGACAUCGACAAGUUCCUGGGAGUAUGGUACGUCAUCCAGAUGUCGUCUUCGGCCUCCGCGUGCCACAAGCUGAAUAUCACGCGCGACGGCGAAGAUCUGAGACUGGUCACCUAUUCGAGGUAUGGUCUGCUGCAGAAAGCCGUAGACCACACCUUCAUUGACACCGCCGCGCUCAGAAUGCCGGAUCCGACCGAGCCUGCCAAGAUGAAGAUCAAAUACUCGAUGUAUAUGUGGUGGGAGGAUUUCACGGUGAUCUCGACCGACUACGAUAACUUCGCAGCCGCAUUCUCUUGCGUGAAUGUGAUCCAUGUCGGAAACCGUCAGAACGGCAUGAUCCUCUCGCGGAAGCCGUACCUCGACCUCGCGACCGCGGACUCGCUUCGAAAGACGUUCGAGUUCUUCGGGGCGGAUAGAAGUUCUCUCAGUUUCAUCAAUCAGAAAGACUGCACGGGUCUUCUCAAGUCUAAAUCAGAGCACGACAGGAUAAUCUCUCUGGGCACGCUGAAUAUAAAUCGCGACCCUAAACACAAGUAGACCCCAAUCGACACCGCUUCAGAACCGCCUAGUCAGCACUAUGUGCGGUCGCAUCGCAGCCUUUUCCCUGAUAGACUUGUUCUCAGUUUGCACUCAAGCACAGCCCCCAUAGGUUCAAUUCACUGAUCGAUCAUCCCACUUCCCCGCCACUGCAAAGGUCUUAUCCAUGGUCUUUAUCGAACGAGCGCACUCAACCUAGGAGGAAAGGGAUGUACGUAGGAAUCAAGGAAUGCACACUCCGGCAGCUGCCCUCAGUACUUGGGGACAUAGGAGGCCGUUUUCACAUCGAGGGCAAUCGACAGAAGCAGAAGCAGCACAACCACCACUAAGGCACUUCGAGGCACGAAAGCACAGAGCAAUCUCUUUGAGAAUAUAAAGAAAAAAGCGAAAAAUCCCGUUCAAAACAGUGUCCCAUAGAAAGCGACUCGAUCAUGAGCAGCUUCGGACGAACUGUCGCACCAAAAGGCAGCACACGAAGCUUCGUUGGAUUCGACAACGAUAGCAGCCACAGUAGCAACAACAACCGCAACAAUAGCAUCAGCAAGAGCAGCAAUAAGGGCAAGCAGUAUACAUACCCACUAACAAACCUCAUCGCGUUACUGAGAUCAGAAAGUGAAUCGGCUGACGACGCACACCUCACUUUGCCAAAGGAAAACAUCAUCUCCACUCUACUCCAAUGCACAAGGACGGAAUCAAAACUGAGGAUUAAUGCACGAUCCCCAUAUUCGGAAGAUGAGACCGUCAGAGAUCCGGUGAAUAAGAACAGCGCUUAGAAUUCCGAUAUCCUACCUGGCGGAUCCAGGAAACGAAAUGAGAAUUUUUCGAGCAUUGACAUAAUUGAUUCCGAAGCACUCGGAGAGCUCUGCAAGGUUUUCUUUCGGUCUCCUUCGCUCAGGCGGACGUGUGUUCCUCCUCGGUUACUCUAUGUUUCUGUUUGUUUUCCUAGCUUUAUCACGAAGGUUUUGGAACGAUUCCUCGGAAUCUCGAAUUCACCGAGCUUCGAUUGCGCUCAGAAUUGAGUUCCGUGUGAAGAAUCUGCACAGUAUCCCCAUUCUAUCCUAUAGUACAUAACUAGGUUGCAACAACCCGAGCAUACAUAAAAGUUGCCUAAUGAAAAAAUAGGAUUUUUGCGAGGGAGAGGAUCGUAUGAUCCAUUGCGAGUUCCAGAGCUGUUUGGGUCAGGAUUAGCAAGCAGAUAAAUGAAUAAACUUACCCGAAGCACUAUGAGGAUGUGAAUAUACAGUGUGCCAUACACCGGAACGAGCAUCGUCUUUAUUUUCAACCUCGAGAGUCACGCAGACUCCUAGCUCCCCCAGUAAUGGGAGGAGAGUCCUGGAGCUAAGGAAGUACCUACUCCAUGAAUCCUUUAUCAUAUCGAUAUGAAUGACGUUCGAGUCUGGAUUUCCACUGUCAAUCACCUCAGAUCAACGUAGUGAGUCGCCCGGAAAUGGGCAGGCGGUAUCUUCGAGAAUAAAUUUGACGUCGCAGAAAAA